CUCAGCCGACCCCAGCAGCACGCGCACCUGUUCAAGCUCAGGAUUCGGUAACUGUGGAGCGCCUAGCCAGUUCCUUGUUGGCAGGCACAUCCGGACGCGAGCAGCCGCUGGUUCCGGGCACCAGGUGCCGUGGCUACACCCCUCGGGUGCCUGCGCCGUUUUCCUGCAAUUGGGCAUUCCAGCGGCACUCCAUUGAGGGCGCUCCCUUCGUCUCCACUACAUGUGGCUUGGUCUCAUUGCAGUGUACGGGUGUCGCAGCACCUGGGGGCUCCCCUUGCAAGCCCUGCAGUGACUUGGAGCACUGUGGAGCUGUCAAGCGCUGGGUGAAGGCCGCCAACGAUCCCUUACUGCACAAGGGCAGCGCCAAUUACACGUAUCUGACACACUCCCAGGUCGUGGCCCGUGCCCAGCAUCACCGUGGCCUGCGUGACGAUGUCCGCUUGCAGCACUUUAAUGAUGAGCGUCAUUGCGCAGCCAUAACUCGACAGCUUGGCAACCAUAAGCGGUUCCUGCUAGCCGUGAGCGAGGGCAACAUCCCCAGGCUACAUGCCCUUGUGCGUACGGCCCUGCGGCACGGCAACGGGCUCAACGCCAUCAUGGCGAAAAUCGGCGAGAGCUUGGAGGGCACUUACAGUGCGAAAGGCUAUCAGAACGAGCCUGAUGCUGUCGACAUGGCUUGCCUGGUCCUGCACAUUGGUGGCCCGCUUCUGCUGUCGGCCAUGCACAAGGCCAACCUCCUGCCCAGCGUGUCAUGGGUCCUCCACCAGCACAAGGCGCCCAAGAUGCGUGGCUUCAUCGCUGGGCACGACCUGGAGGAGACCGUCGCCUACAACCUGAAGUCGAUGGUGCUAUCCAUGGGCGGCAAGGCCGCGGGGUGCGCAUGGCAUCUGAUGGCGGACGAGCUGGCAGUGGAGUGCAAGCCCCAGUACGACCCCAAGACCAACACCGUCG